AUGGAUCCCGAUUCUGAGUCUGACGAGCUGCUUGACGACGACAAAGAUGAUGACCAUUUUGAUGCAGAACGUGGAGAUGACGAAAUGAAGUUGCGUUCACCGUUCACUCCAUGGCCACAUGUGUUCAAUCUGGCCAACUGUAUCGUUGGUGUUUCAGUGCUGGCGAUGCCAUUCGUGUUCCAGCAGUGUGGAAUUCUGUUGGCUGUCAUAAUGAUUGGUGCAUGUGCAGUGCUGACGAAAUACACUUGUCAUUUCCUUUGCAAAGCUGCUUUUCUGUCC